AUGUUCUUGUUGUGUGAUGAUAUUCAUACUAUGUUAGGAUUCUGCUUUAAGUUAUGGAGAGGUGUAAUGCCUUACCGUAAUCCCGUGUUGGAAAGGCUGCUUCUUGUUAUUUAUAACGUCUACUCAAAAGAGAUCAAACCCAAGAACGGCGUGUAUCAGGCUGGUGGCAGCUCGGUGCAGUGGGAAUUGAUUAGAACCACUUGGGAGGAAUUUGCCGACCUAGUCAUAGUUUUGCAUCGCCUUGAUAUGGUUCUCAGAAGGAAAGUUAGCUCGUUUGAACAUCGAUUGGUAUCCUCGGCUAUUCAAAAAUAUAAGCAAGAUGUGCUGAAGAAGCUAGAGGAUAAACUAAGGCCCGCAAACCAUGUUUCAAAGGCAAAUGGGCCUCUGUUUGAUGAAGAAGCAAUAUCCAAUGAGACAAGGAGUGGGAUUCUUGCUGACCUGUUUACGCCUCUUAUGGCUGAACCAUUGGAUAGCAAGAUAUGGGCACUGCCCGUACCUUCUCCUUACAUUCUAGGGAAGGAUUUUGCAAUGCAGGAAUUGAAACAGGAGGUUGUGCAACUAGGAGUUGAGCUCUCCCUAUAUGUGGCUCAAUCGAUGUUCUUGUUGUGUGAUGAUAUUCGUACUAUGUUCUAUGGAGAUGCAAAUAAUGAAAGUCAUGUGAUGGAUAGAGGAGGAGGAACAUGUGGCCGAGAGUUAACGUCUAGUAUUGAAGAAGCGGUGAAGAAGAUAGAGGAGAAGCUGUGGUGUGUGAAGGCUGUUUCAGAGGAGAAUGGGUUUGCGAGGGAUGUGAUAGAGUCUAAGAUUUUGCACUUGUGGAAAUCUCUGUUUGACAAAGAAGCUAAGGAAGCAAGAUUGACUUUGAAAGAGAUCAAAAAUGGAAUUCUUCGUAAAUUGUUUGGUCUUCUAUAUAACGAAGCAGCAGCAGCACUUUAG